AUGAAAGAGGGCAGGUGCCCCUCCCCACGCGUCGACCCAUCAAAGUCCCGCAGCACCAUCCCCACCAGCUCCUCCUGGGGCGGGCAGGGGGGGGGAGGAUGGAGGCGGGGGCAAUGUCUCUCACCAGCGGGGCAAUGUCUCUCACCAGCCGGGCAAUGUCUCUCACCAGGGGGGCAAUGUCUCUCACCAGGGGGGCAAUGUCUCUCACCAGGGGGCAAUGUCUCUCACCAGGGGGGCAGUGUCUCUCACCAGGGGGGCAAUGUCUCUCACCAGCGGGGCAAUGUCUCUCACCAGGGGGGCAAUGUCUCUCACCAGGGGGGCAGUAGUCUCUCACCAGGGGGGCAGUGUCUCUCACCAGUGGGGCAAUGUCUCUCACCAGCGGUGGCAAUGUCUCUCACCAGGGGGGCAGUGUCUCUCACCAGGGGGGCAAUGUCUCUCACCAGCGGGGGCAAUGUCUCUCACCAGGGGGGCAAUGUCUCUCACCAGGGGGGCCGUGUCCUCUCACCAGGGGGGGCAGUGUCUCUCACCAGGGGGCAAUGUCCUCUGCACCACGCGGGGCAAUGUCUCUCACCAGAGGGGGGCAAUGUCUCUCACCAGGGGGGCAGUGUCCUCUCACCAGCGGGGCAAUUGUCUCUCACCAGCGGGGCAAUGUCUCUCACCAGGGGGGCAGUGUCUCUCACCAGGGGGGACAGUGUCUCUCAGGCAGGGGGGCACAUGUCUCUCACCAGCGGGGCAAUGUCCUCUCACCAGGGGGGCAAUGUCUCUCACCAGGGGGGCAAGUGUCUCUCACCAGGGGGGCAGUGUCUCUCACCAUGGGGGCAAUGUCUCUCACCAGGGGGGGCAGUGUCUCUCACCAGGGGGCAAUUGUCUCUCACCAGGGGGCAAUGGCUCUCACCAGGGGGGCAGUGUCUCUCACCAGGGGGGCAGUGUUCUCUCACCAGGGGGGCAAUGUCUCUCACCAGCGGGGCAAUGUCUCUCACCAGGGGGGCAAUGUCUCUCACCAGGGGGCAGUGUCUCUCACCAGGGGGGCAAUGUCUCUCACCAGCGAGGGCAAUGUCUCUCACCAGGGGGGCAAUGUCUCUCACCAGGGGGGCAGUGUCUCUCACCAGGGGGGCAGGUGUCCUCUCACCAGGGGGGCAAUGUCUCUCACCCGCGGGGCAAAUGUCUCUCACCAGGGGGGGGCAAUGUCUCUCACCAGGGGGGCAGUGUCUCUCACCAGCGGGGCAAUGUCUCUCACCAGGGGGGCAGUGUCUCUCACCAGGGGGCAGUGUCUCUCACCAGGGGGGCAAUGUCCUCUCACCAGCGGGGCAAUGUCUCUCACCAGGGGGGCCAUGUCUCUCACCAGGGGGGCAGUGUCUCUCACCAGGGGGGCAGUGUCUCUCACCAGGGGGGCAAUGUCUCUCACCAGGGGGGCAGUGUCUCUCACCAGGGGGGCAAUGUCUCUCACCAGGGGGGCAAUGUCUCUCACCAGGGGGCAGUAGUGUCUCUCACCAGGGGGGCAGUGUCUCUCACCAGGGGGCAAUGUCUCUCACCAGCGGGGCAAUGUCUCUCACCAGGGGGCAAUGUCUCUCACCAGGGGGGCAGUGUCUCUCACCAGGGGGCAGUGUCUCUCACCAGGGGGGCAAUGUCUCUCACCAGCGGGGCAAUGUCUCUCACCAGGGGGGCAAUGUCUCUCACCAGGGGGGCAGUGUCUCUCACCAGGGGGGCAAUGUCUCUCACCAGGGGGGCAGUGUCUCUCACCAGGGGGGAGUGGGCGGGCAGCCAUCGGAAGAGCCGUUGGGAGCGGAACCACGUGGCGCUGGCAGUGCAGCAGGAAGGACAUGGCCUGGCGGUAGCCGAUGGCGCGUCGUGGGCGAGGAGGAGUCGGGCAGCAGCCCCGCUCGCAGCAGCGCCAGGCUCUCCUCCAGCAAGCCCGCCUGCCGCCACACCGGGCCGAGGAGAGCGCGCGUGAGGGCACGGGGGCGAUGGGGCAUGCAGGGGAAGGCAAGAGAUGGAGGCAUGAGAACGAGGGGGCGCCGUGGGGUUGAGAAAGGCGUGUGGACUUGUGUGGUGCAGGCGAGGGCAAUGUGUGGCUCACUGUCCCUGGCCUGCUGGAUGCGGGACACUCCUCCACCAUCAUGCUCUCACCACUCUUGCCUCUUCACCACUCUUGCCUCUUCACCACUCUUGCCUCUUCACCACUCUUGCCUCUUCACCACUCUUGCCUCUUCACCACUCUUGCCUCUUCGCCACUCCUGCCUCUUCACCACUCUUGCCUCUUCACCACUCCUGCCUCUUCACCACUCUUGCCUCUUCACCACUCCUGCCUCUUCACCACUCUUGCCUCUUCACCACUCUUGCCUCUUCACCCAUUCUUGCCUCUUUCACCACUCCUGCCUCUUCACCACUCCUGCCUCUUCACCACUCCUGCCUCUUCACCACUCUUGCCUCUUCACCACUCCUGCCUCUUCACCACUCUGCCUCUUCACCACUCCUGCCUCUUCACCACUCUGCCUCUUCACCACUCCUGCCUCUUCACCCACUCUGCCUCUUCACCACUCCUUGCCCUCUUCACCACUCUUGCCUCUUCACCACUCUUGCCUCUUCACCACUCCUGCCUCUUCCACCACUCUUGCCUCUUCACCACUCCUGCCUCUUCACCACUCCUGCCUCUUCACCCACUCUUGCCUCUUCACCACUCCUGCCUCUUCACCACUCCUGCCUCUUCACCACUCCUGCCUCUUCACCACUCUGCCUCUUCACCACUCCUGCCUCUUCACCACUCCUGCCUCUUCACCACUCCUGCCUCUUCCACCACUCCGGCCUCUUCACCACUCUUGCCUCUCACCACUCUGCUCUUCACCACUCCUGCCUCUUUUCACCACUCCUGCCUCUUCACCACUCCUGCCUCUUCACCACUCCUGCCUCUUCACCACUCCUGCCUCUUCACCACUCUUGCCUCUUCACCACUCUUGCCUCUUCACCACUCUUGCCUCUUCACCACUCUUGCCUCUUCACCACUCUUGCCUCUUCGCCACUCCUGCCUCUUCACCACUCCUGCCUCUUCACCACUCCUGCCUCUUCACCACUCUUGCCUCUUCACCACUCUUGCCUCUUCACCACUCCUGCCUCUUCACCACUCUUGCCUCUUCACCACUCCUGCCUCUUCACCACUCUUGCCUCUUCACCACUCCUGCCUCUUCACCACUCCUGCCUCUUCACCACUCCUGCCUCUUCACCACUCUUGCCUCUUCACCACUCUUGCCUCUUCACCACUCCUGCCUCUUCACCACUCUUGCCUCUUCACCACUCCUGCCUCUUCACCACUCCUGCCUCUUCACCACUCUUGCCUCUUCACCACUCUGCCUCUUCACCACUCUUGCCUCUUCACCACUCCUGCCUCUUCACCACUCUUGCCUCUUCACCACUCUUGCCUCUUCACCGCUCCUGCCUCUUCACCACUUGCCUCUUCACCACUCUUGCCUCUUCACCGCUCCUGCCUCUUCACCACUCCUGCCUCUUCACCACUCUUGCCUCUUGCCUCUUCACCACUCAUGCCUCUUCACCACUCUUGCCUCUUCACCACUCCUGCCUCUUCACCACUCAUGCCUCUUCACCACUCCUGCCUCUUCACCACUCCUGCCUCUUCACCACUCCUGCCUCUUCACCACUCCUGCCUCUUCACCACUCCUGCCUCUUCACCACUCUUGCCUCUUCACCACUCUUGCCUCUUCACCACUCCUGCCUCUUCACCACUCUUGCCUCUUCACCACUCCUGCCUCUUCACCACUCCUGCCUCUUCACCACUCUUGCCUCUUCACCACUCCUGCCUCUUCACCACUCCUGCCUCUUCACCACUCCUGCCUCUUCACCACUCUUGCCUCUUCACCACUCUGCCUCUUCACCACUCCUGCCUCUUCACCACUCUUGCCUCUUCACCACUCUUGCCUCUUCACCACUCCUUGCCUCUUCACCACUCUUGCCUCUUCACCACUCUCCCUCUUCACCACUCUUGCCUCUUCACCACUCCUGCCUCUUCACCACUCAUGCCUCUUCACCACUCUUGCCUCUUCACCACUCCUGCCUCUUCACCACUCUUGCCUCUUCACCACUCCUGCCUCUUCACCACUCUUGCCUCUUCACCACUCUUGCCUCUUCACCACUCUUGCCUCUUCACCACUCCUGCCUCUUCACCACUCCUUGCCUCUUCACCACUCUUGCCUCUUCACCACUCCUGCCUCUUCACCACUCCUGCCUCUUCACCACUCUUGCCUCUUCACCACUCUUGCCUCUUCACCACUCAUGCCUCUUCACCACUCUUGCCUCUUCACCACUCUUGCCUCUUCACCACUCUUGCCUCUUCGCCACUCCUGCCUCUUCACCACUCCUGCCUCUUCACCACUCCUGCCUCUCAGCACUCUUGCCUCUUCACCACUCUUGCCUCUUCACCACUCCUGCCUCUUCACCACUCUUGCCUCUUCACCACUCCUGCCUCUUCACCACUCUUGCCUCUUCACCACUCCUGCCUCUUCAACCACUCCUGCCUCUUCACCACUCCUGCCUCUUCACCACUCUUGCCUCUUCACCACUCUUGCCUCUUCACCACUCCUGCCUCUUCACCACUCCUUGCCUCUUCACCACUCCUGCCUCUUCACCACUCCUGCCUCUUCACCCACUCUUGCCUCUUCACCACUCUUGCCUCUUCACCACUCUUGCCUCUUCACCACUCCUGCCUCUUCACCACUCUUGCCUCUUCACCACUCUUGCCUCUUCACCGCUCCUGCCUCUUCACCACUCUUGCCUCUUCACCACUCUUGCCUCUUCACCGCUCCUGCCUCUUCACCACUCCUGCCUCUUCACCACUCUUGCCUCUUGCCUCUUCACCACUCAUGCCUCUUCACCACUUGCCUCUUCACCACUCCUGCCUCUUCACCACUCAUGCCUCUUCACCACUCCUGCCUCUUCACCACUCCUGCCUCUUCACCACUCCUGCCUCUUCACCACUCCUGCCUCUUCACCACUCCUGCCUCUUCACCACUCUUGCCUCUUCACCACUCAUGCCUCUUCACCACUCCUGCCUCUUCACCACUCCUGCCUCUUCACCACUCUUGCCUCUUCACCACUCUUGCCUCUUCACCACUCUGCCUCUUCACCACUCUUGCCUCUUCACCACUCCUGCCUCUUCACCACUCCUGCCUCUUCACCACUCUUGCCUCUUCACCACUCCUGCCUCUUCACCACUCCUGCCUCUUCACCACUCCUGCCUCUUCACCACUCUUGCCUCUUCACCACUCUUGCCUCUUCACCACUCCUGCCUCUUCACCACUCCUUGCCUCUUCACCACUCUUGCCUCUUCACCACUCUUGCCUCUUCACCACUCGCCUCUUCACCACUCUUGCUCUUCCCACUCUUGCCUUCUUGCACGCUCCUGCCCUCUUCACCACUUCCUGCCUCUUCACCACUCUUGCCUCUUCACCACUCAUGCCUCUUCACCACUCAUGCCUCUUCACCACUCCUGCCUCUUCACCACUCAUGCCUCUUCACCACUCAUGCCUCUUCACCACCUUCCUGCCUCUUCACCACUCCUGCCUCUUCACCACUCUUGCCUCGUCACCACUCUUGCCUCUCACCACUCCUGCCUCUUCACCACUCCUGCCUCUUCACCACUCUUGCCCUCUUCACCACUCCUGCCUCUUCACCACUCCUGCCUCUUCACCACUCCUGCCUCUUCACCACUCCUGCCUCUUCACCACUCCUGCCUCUUCACCACUCCUGCCUCUUCACCACUCCUGCCUCUUCACCACUCCUGCCUCUUCACCCACUCUUGCCUCUUCCACCACUCUUGCCUCUUCACCACUCCUGCCUCUUCACCACUCCUGCCUCUUUCACCACUCUUGCCUCUUCAACCACCUCCCUGCCUCUUCACCACUCCUGCACCUCUUCACCACUCUUGGCCUCUUCACCACUCUUGCCUCUUCACCACUCCUGCCUCUUCACCACUCUUGCCUCUUCACCACUCUUGCCUCUUCACCGCUCCUGCCUCUUCACCACUCCUGCCUCUUCACCACUCUUUGCCUCUUCACCACUCAUGCCUCUUCACCACUCAUGCCUCUUCACCACUCCUGCCUCUUCACCACUCUGCCUCUUCACCACUCUUGCCUCUUCACCACUCCUGCCUCUUCACCACUCCUGCCUCUUCACCACUCUUGCUCUUCACCACUCCUGCCUCUUCACCACUCCUGCCUCUUCACCACUCCUGCCUCUUCACCACUCCUGCUCUUCACCACUGCUCCUGCCUCUUCACCACGCUUGCUCUUCACCACUCUUGCCUCUUCACCCACUCCUGCCUCUUCACCCACUCUUGCCUCUUCACCACUCUUGCCUCUUCACCGCUCCUGGCCUCUUCACCACUCCUGCCUCUUCACCACUCAUGCCUCUUCACCACUCCUGCCUCUUCACCACUCAUGCCUCUUCACCACUCUUGCCUCUUCACCACUCCUGCCUCUUCACCACUCCUGCCUCUUCACCACUUCCUGCCUCUUCACCACUCCUGCCUCUUCACCACUCUUGCCUCUUCACCACUCCUGCCUCUUCACCACUCCUGCCUCUUCACCACUCCUGCCUCUUCACCACUCUUGCCUCUUCACACACUCUUGCCUCUUCACCACUCCUGCCUCUUCACCACUCUUGCCUCUUCACCAACUCCUGCCUCUUCACCACUCCUGCCUCUUCACCACUCUUGCCUCUUCACCACUCCUGCCUCUUCACCACUCCUGCCUCUUCACCACUCCUGCCUCUUCACCACUCUUGCCUCUUCACCACUCUUGCCUCUUCACCACUCCUGCCUCUUCACCACUCCUGCCUCUUCACCACUCCUUGCCUCUUCACCACUCUUGCCUCUUCACCACUCCUGCCUCUUCACCACUCUUGCCUCUUCACCACUCUUGCCUCUUCACCGCUCCUGCCUCUUCACCACUCCUGCCUCUUCACCACUCUUGCCUCUUCACCACUCAUGCCUCUUCACCACUCAUGCCUCUUCACCACUCCUGCCUCUUCACCACUCAUGCCUCUUCACCACUCAUGCCUCUUCACCACUCCUGCCUCUUCACCACUCCUGCCUCUUCACCACUCUUGCCUCUUCACCACUCUUGCCUCUUCACCACUCCUGCCUCUUCACCACUCCUGCCUCUUCACCACUCUUGCCUCUUCACCACUCCUGCCUCUUCACCACUCCUGCCUCUUCACCACUCCUGCCCUCUUCACCACUCCUGCCUCUUCACCACUCUUGCCUCUUCACCACUCUUGCCUCUUCACCACUCCUGCCUCUUCACCACUCCUGCCUCUUCACCACUCCUGCCUCUUCACCACUCCUGCCUCUUCACCACUCUUGCCUCUUCACCACUCUUGCCUCUUCACCACUCCUGCCUCUUCACCACUCUUGCCUCUUCACCACUCUUGCCUCUUCACCGCUCCUGCCUCUUCACCACUCCUGCCUCUUCACCACUCAUGCCUCUUCACCACUCCUGCCUCUUCACCACUCAUGCCUCUUCACCACUCUUGCCUCUUCACCACUCCUGCCUCUUCACCACUCCUGCCUCUUCACCACUCCUGCCUCUUCACCACUCUUGCCUCUUCACCACUCUUGCCUCUUCACCGCUCCUGCCUCUUCACCACUCCUGCCUCUUCACCACUCUUGCCUCUUCACCACUCAUGCCUCUUCACCACUCAUGCCUCUUCACCACUCCUGCCUCUUCACCACUCAUGCCUCUUCACCACUCUUGCCUCUUCACCACUCCUGCCUCUUCACCACUCCUGCCUCUUCACCACUCUUGCCUCUUCACCACUCCUGCCUCUUCACCACUCCUGCCUCUUCACCACUCUGCCUCUUCACCACUCUUGCCUCUUCACCACUCCUGCCUCUUCACCACUCCUGCCUCUUCACCACUCCUGCCUCUUCACCACUCUUGCCUCUUCACCACUCUUGCCUCUUCACCACUCCUGCCUCUUCACCACUCCUGCCUCUUCACCACUCUUGCCUCUUCACCACUCUUGCCUCUUCACCACUCCUGCCUCUUCACCACUCUUGCCUCUUCACCACUCUUGCCUCUUCACCGCUCCUGCCUCUUCACCACUCCUGCCUCUUCACCACUCUUGCCUCUUCACCACUCAUGCCUCUUCACCACUCAUGCCUCUUCACCACUCCUGCCUCUUCACCACUCAUGCCUCUUCACCACUCAUGCCUCUUCACCACUCCUGCCUCUUCACCACUCCUGCCUCUUCACCACUCUUGCCUCUUCACCACUCUUGCCUCUUCACCACUCCUGCCUCUUCACCACUCCUGCCUCUUCACCACUCCUGCCUCUUCACCACUCCUGCCUCUUCACCACUCCUGCCUCUUCACCACUCCUGCCUCUUCACCACUCCUGCCUCUUCACCACUCCUGCCUCUUCACCACUCCUGCCUCUUCACCACUCCUGCCUCUUCACCACUCCUGCCUCUUCACCACUCCUGCCUCUUCACCACUCCUGCCUCUUCACCACUCUUGCCUCUUCACCACUCCUGCCUCUUCACCACUCCUGCCUCUUCACCACUCUUGCCUCUUCACCACUCCUGCCUCUUCACCACUCCUGCCUCUUCACCACUCUUGCCUCUUCACCACUCUUGCCUCUUCACCACUCCUUGCCUCUUCACCACUCCUGCCUCUUCACCACUCUUGCCUCUUCACCACUCUUGCCUCUUCACCGCUCCUGCCUCUUCACCACUCCUGCCUCUUCACCACUCUUGCCUCUUCACCACUCAUGCCUCUUCACCACUCAUGCCUCUUCACCACUCCUGCCUCUUCACCACUCAUUGCCUCUUCACCACUCUGCCUCUUCACCACUCCUUGCCUCUUCACCACUCCUGCCUCUUCACCACUCUGCCUCUUCACCACUCCUGCCUCUUCACCACUCCUGCCUCUUCACCACUCCUGCCUCUUCACCACUCCUGCUCUUCACCACUCCUGCCUCUUCACCACUCCUGCCUCUUCACCACUCUUGCCUCUUCACCACUCUUGCCUCUUCACCACUCCUGCCUCUUCACCACUCUUGCCUCUUCACCACUCUUGCCUCUUCACCGCUCCUGCCUCUUCACCACUCCUGCCUCUUCACCACUCAUGCCUCUUCACCACUCCUGCCUCUUCACCACUCAUGCCUCUUCACCACUCUUGCCUCUUCACCACUCCUGCCUCUUCACCACUCCUGCCUCUUCACCACUCCUGCCUCUUCACCACUCCUGCCUCUUCACCACUCUUGCCUCUUCACCACUCCUGCCUCUUCACCACUCCUGCCUCUUCACCACUCCUGCCUCUUCACCACUCUUGCCUCUUCACCACUCUUGCCUCUUCACCACUCCUGCCUCUUCACCACUCUUGCCUCUUCACCACUCCUGCCUCUUCACCACUCCUGCCUCUUCACCACUCUUGCCUCUUCACCACUCCUGCCUCUUCACCACUCCUGCCUCUUCACCACUCCUGCCUCUUCACCACUCUUGCCUCUUCACCACUCUUGCCUCUUCACCACUCCUGCCUCUUCACCACUCCUGCCUCUUCACCACUCUUGCCUCUUCACCACUCUUGCCUCUUCACCACUCCUGCCUCUUCACCACUCUUGCCUCUUCACCACUCUUGCCUCUUCACCGCUCCUGCCUCUUCACCACUCCUGCCUCUUCACCACUCUUGCCUCUUCACCACUCAUGCCUCUUCACCACUCAUGCCUCUUCACCACUCCUGCCUCUUCACCACUCAUGCCUCUUCACCACUCAUGCCUCUUCACCACUCCUGCCUCUUCACCACUCCUGCCUCUUCACCACUCUUGCCUCUUCACCACUCUUGCCUCUUCACCACUCCUGCCUCUUCACCACUCCUGCCUCUUCACCACUCUUGCCUCUUCACCACUCCUGCCUCUUCACCACUCCUGCCUCUUCACCACUCCUGCCUCUUCACCACUCCUGCCUCUUCACCACUCUUGCCUCUUCACCACUCUUGCCUCUUCACCACUCCUGCCUCUUCACCACUCCUGCCUCUUCACCACUCCUGCCUCUUCACCACUCCUGCCUCUUCACCACUCCUGCCUCUUCACCACUCUUGCCUCUUCACCACUCUUGCCUCUUCACCACUCCUGCCUCUUCACCACUCAUGCCUCUUCACCACUCUUGCCUCUUCACCACUCUUGCCUCUUCACCACUCUUGCCUCUUCACCACUCUUGCCUCUUCACCACUCUUGCCUCUUCACCACUCUUGCCUCUUCACCUUGCCUCUUCACCUUGCCUCUUCACCACUCUUGCCUCUUCACCACUCUUGCUUCGUAA